GAGAUUUAACAAUUUGAUAGGAUCUAUCCCAAAUGCAUUUGAAAAUUUUACCAAAGAAGACAGUGAGAUGAGAUAUUUGUACCUUGGAAAUAAUAGCUUAUCGGGAAAGCUUCAACUUGAAGAAUGGUUAUCUAAAAUUGACUUUGUGGACUUGUCGUACAACAAGUUUACAGGAGAUUUUCCUUCUUGGUAUUUAAAGUCCAUUUCAAAUAAAAAAAAAUUGAAUUUGGUAGGGAAUUCAUUUAAUACCAAUCCUACUUCAGAGAGCAAUAUUGAGUAUCUUCAAAAAGGUUUCAGAUGUGACUCAAAAUAUCAAAAAAAUUUGGCUAUUGACUGUGGAGGUGAAGGAUGGAAUGAUUCUGAUCUGUCCAUUCAUUAUGAAGCGGAUGAAAAAUCACUAGGAGCUUCGUCAUUCUACGUGCAUACAAAUAAAAAUUGGGCAGUCAGUAAUACGGGAAACUUUAUGGAUAAUGCAAGCCAAACUGAACUUCAAAAAGACACAGAAAAAAUGACAGGAGUGUACAGGACAGCACGUUUGUCUAGCACUUCCUUGAGAUACUACGGAUUAUGCCUUCCCAAUGGACAGUAUACAGUUCAACUCCAGUUUGCUGAAAUAGUAUUUACAAAUGAAAAUUCUUACAGAAGUCUUGGAAGGCGCAUCUUUGAUGUCUAUAUUCAGGGGACCAAAAUGUUGCCAAAUUUUAACAUUGCAGAGGUUGCUGGAGGGGCAUUUAAAGAAGUUGUUAGAAAAUUCACCGUGAAUGUGACUGAUAACACCUUGGAGAUUCAUUUCUUGUGGGCUGGAAAAGGAACGUAUAAUGUACCCGAGGAAGGAACCUACGGGCCUUCGGUGUCGGCUAUUGUAAUCACUCCUGACUUUACAGUCAAUGGAAGAAACAAAACACCUGUGAUUGUUGGCAUUGUUCUUGGAGCAGUGAUUUCUUUAGCCUUGGCGGCGUUCUUGUCAUUUAUGUUUAUUAAGAAAAGAAAGGGAAUUCGCAACAGCCUUCCAGAUGACAAUAGAGAGAUGAAAACAAUUUCCAAUUCUUUUAGUCUAGAAGAGAUAAGAAGUGCCACAAAUGACUUUCAGUCGGAGAAUAAGAUAGGAGAAGGCGGAUUUGGUGCUGUUUUCAAGGGUGUACUACCAGAAGGAAGAAUGGUUGCAGUAAAGCAAUUGUUUUCCAAAUCAAGACAAGGAAAUCGUGAAUUUCUAAAUGAAGUAGCUACAAUCUCUGCAGUGCAGCAUCCCAACCUGGUGAAACUCUAUGGUAGCUGUAUUGAGGGAAAACAGCUGCUCUUGGUAUAUGAAUACUUGGAGAACAACGAUCUUGCUCGCGCUUUGUUUGGUCCCAAGGAAUUCCAGAUUUAUUUCAAUUGGCCUGCACGACACAAAAUUUGCCUUGGAGUUGCACGAGGUCUGGCAUAUCUGCAUGAAGAAUCUAGACUGAGAAUUGUGCAUAGAGACAUCAAAGCUGCAAACAUCCUUUUAGAUCAAGAUCUCAAUCCAAAAAUCUCAGAUUUUGGGUUGGCCAAGUUAUUUGACCAGGAGAAAACUCAUGUCAGCACCAGGGUGGCAGGAACAAUUGGGUAUAUGGCUCCUGAAUAUGCUUUAAGAGGACAUCUCACAGAGAAGGCAGAUGUGUACAGUUUUGGGGUAGUACUCCUCGAAAUUGUAAGUGGCAGACCACACAUGGACAGGAAGUUGCAGGGAGAGAAGGUUUAUCUAAUGGAAUGGGCAUGGACAUUGUAUGGAGAGAACAAACUACUGGACAUAGUUGAUGUGAAUCUUAGAAGUUCAAGCUUCCCAGAAGAAGAAAUUUUAAGGACACUUAAUGUGGGCCUUCUAUGCAUUCAAGCGAACCCUACUCUGAGACCUGCAAUGUCUACAAUAGUUAAUAUGCUAGAGGGCAAAAUAGAUGUUCCUGUUUCAGGCUGCCAACCUCCAUAUCUCAGCUAUGGGCAAACCCAUGCGAUCACAGAAGAGCAGCCAUUGUCACAGAGCAUGAGUUUGGAAGGACCAUGGAAGGGAAGCUCCUCUUCCCAAGGAAUUUCUUCGGUUAAUCAACAACAAAAAGCAGAGAAUGAUGAUAAUGAGGAGAACUCUCUUCUAUCAAGUCAAGUUUCUGCUGACCCAUAAUCAUUUUCAAUCUCUGAGGAACCCUUCAUCGCAAUCUAAUACGUAGGUGCUAUUGUGGUUUCAGGUUUGGUGCUUAAUUUCUAAAUUAGAUCCCCUAACUUCAAAAUAUAAACUGUUACAUGACAAAUUGGAAUUUUUUUUUUUAAAUUCUAUUUUUUAAUUUUUAAAAUUUUAAUAAUUGUUCUGUGAGAGAAUCAGAAAUUUUUCUUAACAAUUUAAAUUGUUUUAUUUUAACAAUUUUAGAAGACAUUUCAAAUUUUGUUUAAAUUUAACAAAUAAUAUUGAUAUUUAAGUAAAGAAUUUGGGAGUUAUUUUCU